CUCUAUUGUUUUUAAGUGUUGGUUUUCUAAUGGCGUCCAAUACAACUGAAAGUCAAGUGCGAGGACCAUCAGUUGGACCUACAUUGCAACAAAUUCUAAGACAAACCAAUAGAAUUGCAGCGAUGAAAGGAUUACCUGGUUUGGAAUCAGUUCUCGGAGUAAUGGGACCACUUGCCUUGGCUGCAAUGAUAUCCCUUCCAUUUGUUGCUCCUGCAGCCGCAGCCUUUUUACCUCUCGCAUCCAUCUCUGGAGCAUUUGGACGUAGGCGUAGACAUCUAGAUGAUCCAAGAGAAUCAUCUAUUCCUAAAGCCGAUGCUCUCAUCAGACGAAUUCAUGCAGCAGCAUUAAGAAGAAAUAACCAAUAAAAAAAUUUUUAGGAGUAAUUUUGAAAAGGGGAAUUUUUUUCAGAUGAUUAUCUUGCUACGAAAAUGACAACGUUUUUCAAUUUAGUUUUCUUCCAUUUAUGUGAUAAUUUUCUUUGUUGCUUCUGAUACUUGUAUGACUACAAUGUAAGCAUUAUUUGAAAGAAGAUGAAAAGUGUUAAGUAAAACUAAAAAUUAAUCAAUUGUUGAAGACAUACACAUAUUUCGAUACUUUAAACAAGAAUCAUCAUUUUGAUAAAAUCUUAUGUCUGAAAUGAUACAAUCUUACAAACAACAUAACAUGUACUAAAUUACAAUCUUGGCACUAACAUGUCUAGUGUGUCUUGAUACUGAAGAAAGUGAGGGCUAGUAAGCUAGUUUCAUUUGAAACCAUUACGUAGUUUUCUACGCUAUUUAUACAAGCAUGAAGAAAUCUUUCCUUUCUUUGAAAAAAUUACAGCGUUAUUUUAAAUUGUGUUCUUUCAAAAUAUGUUCUACGUUUGAAAACCUAAUUUUCAAUACCUGAUAUUUUCAUUUUAUGACGUUGCAAAGCUGAUUGCCAACCAACUUAUAAUGAAAACUAAAUGAUUUGCUGCAAUCUUGCUCAACAUUACAUUUUUAAAUUUCUUUUUUUUUUAACGCACUGUUAAUGAUUGAGAUUUUUCUCCUCACAAACGAAUAAGGAGAAUUAGGAGAACUUGCUACGCAACUGGUUAGACCUUUUUCCUCGCUUCCAAGUGUGAGGAUAAUAUUCACAACAGAAAAAAACAAUUGAAAACAAAACAACUAAGAAGCUAUUUUCAUCACCCAGUGCUAUUGUUGCGUGCGUCCCAGCCAUAAAAAUGAAAAAGAUACCUAUAUUAUUUAUUUUCAAUUAUAGAAAAUGAUAUUACAUUUUCAUUACUUGAAUUAAAAAAAUAAGUAAAUUCAUAUAAGGAUAUUUUCAAUAUUCUUUAGGCUAUCUUUUGAUAGCUUCUUGCUUGUUUACAUUACCAUUUGUGUUUCAUAAGAGUAAUCAUUAAUUAUGAUUACAAUGUUUAUAAUUCUAUUUAUUAAACAUAUACGUA